CCUAGAGAAUCUUAAGCUUGGGCCUCGACAUUUGUAUGAGAGAGAAUGCAGCCCACUUCGCUCCCACCAAAAACAAUACGGAAUCAUCCAAACUCAGUGUGUGCUCUUCGAGGAUUCUUUAGACGGUGAGAGAGGGAGCUGCGCCACGGUCAGUGGAAACCGGAAAAGAAGGAAGCAAGCAGGGUGGCUCUAUCCAGUUCAGGUGUCAUCAAAUGAAGAAGAAGGGUCUUCUCGAGUGGUUGGCUCGGUCGCUCCGUCAGUUUUACAUGUGCCUUUUUCAGUCAAUGGCCUCCAACUUGGAGCUUGCUGGGUCAGUCAAAGUCAAUGGAUUCCCAAUUGGAAACUCGGAGCCUCACAUUGAACAUGUCCCCCUUUACAAGCUUUUUAUUCGGGUCUUUGCAUCACUGGACUUCACCAAUUACCAAGUAAGAGAAAUUUUUUGUCUUGCAUAUUGAUCUGCUCUAUUGCCUUCUAGUUUAGAUUGGAACCGAUACAAGUUCCCUUUUUGGAUCUGAAAGUUUCGUGAUUUGGUGAUAUCCAAAGAAGCUGUGGGAGUGGAGGGGCUUGUUUUAUUAUAUAGUUUGAUCACCAAUACAGAGGAUCAAGAAUGGCGGACCUCGCUGCAGGUGGUGCUAUGGGAGUGCCGUUUACUAUACUGUAUGAAGUGAUUAAGGAAGUGGUGAUCAAGACUUCGAUGUUUAGACCUCUCCUUGAAGAGCUGAAGUCAAAGAUAGAAGCUUUGAAUCCACUGAUUGCUCAGAUGGACAGCUGGAAUAAGGUGUUGGAUCGUCCAGAGAAGGAACUUAGAGAAUUUAAAGUACAAAUGGAGAAGGGCCCUGAGCUUAUUACCAAGUGCGCCAAUCUUAGCAAGUGGAAAAGCUACAAAAAGUAUAAAUACAGCAACCAACUUCUUGAAUUGCAGAACUCUCUUCAGAAUCUGCUGUUUAUACUGCAAUGGCAACAAGCAAGGGAUGUGAAGGAGACCUUGGUUGGAGUAAAGAAUGUAGAGACGGUGGUGCAGCGAGUGGAUGUGAGUGUUGCGGAAUUAAAAGAAGAAGGGAUGAGUGUCAUGAAGGUGACCUUGGAUGAGGUAAGAAAUUUAGGGACGAUGGUCCGGCGGAUUGAUAAGAGAGGUGAGGUACAGAACCCGUUAGAUUGUGAAGUACCUGAACCUCCAUUGGUUACAGUUGGAUUGUAUGUGCCUUUGAGGGAAUUGAAGAUGAAGCUUCUUAAGAAUGAUAAUGUAUCAAUGCUUGUGCUAACUGCUCCUGGAGGCUGCGGGAAAACCACAUUGGCCACAAAGUUUUGUCAGGAUGAGGAAGUCAAAGGUAUAUUCAAGAACAAUAUCUUCUUCGUCACUGUUACAAAGAAGUCAACCUUCAACCUUAUUGUACAAGGACUACAUCAACGCAAGAGUGCCGACAUACCUAUGUUCCAAGAUGAAGCCACUGCUGUUAAGUGGCUGCGUAAAUUUCUAAUGGAAGGACAGAACCCUGUACUGUUGGUCCUGGAUGAUGUUUGGUCUGAAUCAAAAUAUAUUCUUGAAAAAUUUGAUGAAGUGAAAAUGCCAAAUUUCAAGAUUCUGGUGACAUCAAGAUCACAGUUUCCAGAAUAUGGCUCAGUUUAUCAUCUAAAGUCAUUGAAUGAUAGAGAUGCAAUGACUCUUUUCCGCCAUUCAGCAUCCCUGGGAGAUGGUCAAUGGAAUAGUCUUGCUAGAGAGAUAGUAGCGCCUUGUAAGGGAUAUCCACUUGCAAUUAAAGUGGUUGGAAAAUCACUUCGCGGAAAACCGAUUGAGUUCUGGCGUAAAAGAGCAUUGGCAUGGUCUAAAGGUGAUUCUAUUAUUGAUUCCGAGACUGAAGUGCUUCUUCGCCUUCAAACCAGCUUAGAUGCUUUGGAUGAAAAAGAAGCUUUCAUCAAAGAAUGUUUUUUAGACCUUGGUUCAUUUCCCCAAGACCAAAGAAUUCCAGCAGCUGCUCUGAUUGAUAUGUGGGCAGAGUUAUAUGAAGAUCUCGAUAAAGAUUUUCUGGCCAUUACAAACGUGUAUGAGCUUACCACCCGAAGUUUGGCUGAUCUUGUAGUCACAAGGAAGGAGACAGUGGAGGAUGAUGACUACUACAGUGAACACUUUGUCACCCAACAUGAUUUGCUCAGACAGCUCGCUGUCUACCAAGCGAAACUAGACCCAAGUAAAAAACGACUGAUCAUAGGCAACCGUGGAGACAAUCUACCUAAGUGCUUGACUGAACAGAAGCAUCAACCAAUUAAACCUCGCCUGUUAUCCAUCUCCUCUGAUGAAACGUUCUCGACAAACUUACACAACAUUCAACUAGCUGAUGUUGAGGUUCUAGUUUUGAAUUUCAACACAAAGAGUUAUGCUUUACCUGAAUUUGUGGAGAAAAUGGUUAAUCUGAAGGUUUUAAUAGUCACAAAUCAUGGUUUCAUGCCUGCUGAAUUGAGUAAUUUUCACCUACUGGACUCUUUACCAAAUCUGAAGAGAAUCAGACUAGAGCGUGUUUCAAUUCCUUCUAUAACCAAGCAUCCCAUACAGUUGAAGAGUUUAAAGAAGAUCUCUUUAUUCAUGUGCAGUAUUGGUGAAGCUUUCAGCAAUUGCUCCUUCCAAAUUUCAAAUGCAUUGCCAAAUUUAGAGGAACUGAAUAUUGACUAUUGCAAUGAUUUGGUGAAAUUGCCUGAGGAGCUCUGCAAUCUGGUUCGCCUAAAGAAGCUGAGUAUCACCAACUGUCAUAAGCUAUCUGCCUUGCCUCAAGAUAUUGGGAAACUGGUGAAGGUAGAAGUUUUGCGGCUAAGGUCUUGUACAGACUUGGUAAAACUCCCAUGCUCAGUUAAAGACCUUGAAAGAUUAGAUUUUCUUGACAUAUCUGAUUGCUUCAGCAUUGUGGAGUUGCCUGAAGACAUUGGUGAGCUGAGCAGUUUAAGAAAGAUCAACAUGAGACAGUGCUCAAGAUUGCAAGAGCUCCCCUUAUCAAUUCUGGAUCUUCAGAAACUAGAGGAAGUGAUAUGCGAUGAAGAGACAGCAGGGCUGUGGGAACCCUUCUCAUCCGGACUUUGCAACGGAGUAGUAAAGGAAGUCAAAGAAGAAUUCAGCCUAGAUUGGCUCCAAAAGUUUCAAUAUUGAAAGUUUUCUUUCAUUUAAUAAAUGUUGCUCCUAGUGAUUUGUGGUUCAAUUUUGUUUCCCAAUAUAUCUUCUUAUCUUUAGAAUAAAAAGAAUGCAAGAAUCCAACUGAGGUUGAGUUCUGAAAUUCAUUCAGAAUAAGAAUGGAAGUGUAUACUGUAUUUCGUGACAUUGAAUAUGUGUAUAUAUGAAGACUAAAAGAGUUCACAAGA